AUACGUGUUAGCGUUAAAUGACUUGAAUAUUUUUAUACAUUCAGAAAGGAAAAAUGUAACGAGGCAAUGUUGACUUUUAUUUUUCAUAAAAAAACUAUAAUUCUCUAUAUAUAUAUAUAUCUCACAUGCCUCUUUUUAAAGUUGUUAAAACUCAGGGUAGAUGUGUUUUAACUUGUUAAUCAGAUGUAAUAUUUAGCUUAAAAUAUUUCAACGUUUGACAUUUUUUAUUUAUUAUAAAUUGACUGCCUAUUGUACAAAACUUUCCGUCUUACACAAAACGUUGUAUUUGUAAAGAAUGUUAAUAGUAACAUAUUUAUUAUCGAAAAUAUUAUUAUCAUUGCUAUCAGUAUAAACUCAUCCUUUCAUUAAAAUUACAAUGUUACAAUAUCAUAUGUGACUAAUUAUCACUUGAUCAAAAAUCAGAAAGAAGCUUUAAUUUCGAGUUUUUUUAAUAAAAAUAUAUACCUGGAAAGUUUUGUAUUGGCAUAUAUUAUAAAAAACAUGUGGGUCAAUAUUAUUAUACUUAUAAUUUAUUAGCAGUGAAGAAAGAUAACCCUUUGCUCGAAUUAAUAAUCUUUUACUUCAUCAAUUCAACAGUUUUUUAUUAUAUAUAUAAUAUUCUAAUUAUUUUUACGUAUAAAUGUUGAAAAAUUAUAAAAAAAUUUUAGAAAAAUUUUUUUUCUGUCACAUAUACAUUAAAAUCUUCACAGAAGUUUAAAACAUUAACUAAAUUAUUUCUUUAUGAUCACUGCAUUUUUCCGUCCAAAAAAUCACUAAUGUCUUAGUUUUGAUAAAAGAGAAGAUAAUUCAAUAUAACUAUCAGUACAAACAAAUCACAUAUUUCGUUGUAAUUUUAAUGACAUAGUAAUUUUGUUAAAUAUGAGUUGGCAUAUGUACACUUUUUACUUAUUUUUCUAGAAAAUAGUCAUUGCAAAUAUGAUAUAUUUCUAGACUGUUUUAUUGUAGAUUAGGUAAAAAAAGAUGCAUCAUAUUUAAAAUGCCCAUAAAAAAAGAAUACAUUGUGCAAUAAUACUAAUUUGUGCUACAUUCAAGAAAAAAAGAUCAGAUCUAUUUUAUUUUCAACAAAAUAGAAACGGAAUUUUCUUAAAUAUUGAGUUUAUUAUGCAUCAAGUAUUAUUUACUUCAAAAUGGACAAUAAUAGUAUAUUUUUUACGAGAAACAAACACACUUAGCAAGUUAAAGGAAAUAAAGAAAUAAAUAUGUAUGCGUUUACUUAAUAAAUUGUACAUUUUAUAUCUUACUGUUAAUUAUUGUAAUUAUAUUCAUAUAAUAGAAUAUAAAUGUAAGCGCAUAUAUUAUUUGUAUGUACUUGAAAAUUAUGAAAUAUUAAAUUAGCACUAGUAAGUUAGGAUAAAAGUAAUGCUAUGUAUUUAAUGUUAUUAAUAAUAUUUAGAAUAUGAUAUUUUUCCGAGUUAUACUGUAGCGAAUGUACGAAUCGUUAAAUAUUUUUAAACUGUUCUCAAUUGUUAAUGUUCAUAAAAACGUUUUGCUGGUUGAGAUUUCCAUAAACAUUUUUCUGAUUAAUAGGUAUAAAUACUAAGUACAAUAUUUCUAGCAAUGUUUAAUAUUUAGUUAAACAUAAGUAUUUUCUCUAAUUCGAUAAUCCAAAGAUUAAACCACAAUACGUUUUCUUUUCAAGACGUUCUGUAAAUUAUAUCUGUUGAUUAAAAUCGGAUGUAAUUUUUAGUAACUAUUAACAGUACAUGCUAUGUACUUUAAUAAAAGUAAUAACGAAUUUUUCAUAAAAUGGUACUGUGGUGCAUUGUACCAAUAAUGAUAAUACUGAUGGUAAUUUAAUUUUACAGUAUCAUAAGUGAUAUUGACUGUAAUACAUAGAAAUUGUUAUUCGUAUAUUAUGAAAGAACUUAUUCAUUGCAUCACAUGUCACGUACAAUCUUCCAAUGACAAAUUGUAUUAAUGGAAAUUAUCUUUUUGGCUUUCAUAUACUUUGUGUAAUACAGUUUUUAUUUAAUGAAAUACUUAAUGGACAAUAUGAUUAGAAAUGAUAAGAUGAAAGAGAAACCUGUAUGUAAAUAUAAAAUGUGCCUGUACGAAAAGAUAUAUUUAUAUUAAAUGUAAUAAUUUUGUAAUUAUCCAAGUGAUAAAAAUGCAAGAGACCUGAAGAUUGUUGCCCUCUUCAGUUUUAUUACAUCGAAAAAUUAUGUAUAUAUAUGCAUACAUGUCUAAUUGUAGUGUAACAUAAAAUAACCCUAUAAUAAUAAUUGAAAAAAAAAUUAUUAGCUUGUAAAGCCGUAUUUCAUUUAAUCACUCCGUCAUCACUUUAAUGUAGUAGAUUUUUUAAAAACUAAAUUUCAUAGAAGAAAUUGUAGAAGGGGCCCAAAAUACUGAAGUAUGGACCUGAAAAAUUAUAGCGUAGAGUCGUCCCUGUGUAGUGAGUCACAUCCUAAGAUUGCUUGCAGGGGCGCUUCGCUUUGCCGCCAUAGCCGUUUUAUCUACUAGUGUUUGUGAAUUGGCUUUUGGUAUGAAAGUCCGAGUCGUUGAGUGGACUUGAGUUCAGUAGUCAGUAGUGAUCGGUCGAAUACACGGAAAGUAUGGUUAUGAAAAAAGUUGCGUUUGGUUAACUUUCUUCUUAUUAGGUUUUUCACAGCGAGAAAAAUCGGUUUCCAACGGCGUCAUCGAAUAAUUUCAUAUUCGUGUUAAAACCGGCUAUUUUACGACAAGUCAGGUAGACAAAUAUUUUGAUCUUUUUGACCGUUUGGUAUUCGCGUGACACACCUCCGAGAAACUUUUUCUUUUUUUCGUGUGAAACAAACGAAUAGAAGCAUAGUUACAUUCUGAAUAUUCGUGAACAUUAUUUUUUAUACCUUCGUAUCGAAUUGUGAUUCAGUGUUAUGACGUAUCGUGACAAGAAUAAUUCUUAAGAAAUACUAAUCGAGUGUUCUCAUAACAGUGUGAAAUAUAAAAUGUUGUAACAGUGGUAUUCUUUCUUUCAAAUAUAUCAUUUUAUGGCGGGAAAUUGAACUUUGAAGAAGCGGACGUCACCAACUGGCCUCUUCCCUCUCUGUGCGAUUAUUCUUUGGAUAUCGAGUUUUGAGUUACGAUUAGAGACACAUUCUUAUUUUAUUCGACGACGCGGAGCUCACACAGUUAAUCCAUAACUCGCCGCUACCUGACUGUGUUACCUCUGAGAAUUCUUUGGAAUUUCGGCCCUCCCGGAAGGCGAUGCUUUCUAUCUUCGUUCAACGAUUCGAUUAGAAAGAUUUCGAAACGUUAAAAAAAGCUACACAAAUGCCGAAAUCGGCAGCCAAGUGGACAUUCUGGAGAAAGUGCAAGAGGCCCGUCGGCGAGGAGAACGAGGAGAAUAAGAAAGGAAAACGGAAACGAGCAGCGGAAAUAGAGAUCGAGGUGUCGACGAAAGAGAAAGAGGUUUCGACCGUGGAAACCAAACGGAAAACCAUGGAACACACGGUCACAAGAUGCGACACCCGUUUACCAAAAGUCACACCGAUCACCGAUGACUAUGAAAUCAGUAAUCACGUGCUUGGUCUUGGAAUAAAUGGAAAAGUUGUUCAGUGUUAUGACAAAAAUACCAGGGAAAAAUAUGCGCUCAAGGUACUGUACGAUUGUGUAAAAGCACGAAGGGAAGUUGAAUUGCAUUGGAGAGCAUCAAACUGCAGGCACAUAGUGCAAGUCAAAGAUGUAUAUGAAAAUACAUAUAGUGGAAAUAAAUGUUUAUUAGUUAUUAUGGAGUGUAUGGAAGGAGGAGAACUGUUUGAGAGAAUACAAGAUAGGCAAGAUGGUGCUUUCACAGAGAGAGAAGCUGCACAAAUAAUGUAUGAAAUUUGUGUUGCUGUAAAGCACCUGCAUGAUAUGAAUAUUGCACACAGAGACCUUAAGCCGGAAAAUCUUUUGUACUCUAAGCCUGAUAGUACUGGAAUAUUGAAACUUACUGAUUUCGGUUUUGCAAAGGAGACCCAUAUGAAAGAUACACUACAAACCCCGUGUUAUACGCCAUACUAUGUUGCUCCUGAAGUUUUGGGACCGGAGAAAUAUGACAAAAGCUGUGAUAUUUGGUCACUUGGAGUUAUAAUGUAUAUACUAUUGUGUGGUUUCCCACCUUUCUACAGUAAUCAUGGUUUAGCAAUUUCACCAGGAAUGAAGAAAAGAAUUCGGUUAGGCCAAUAUGACUUUCCAGCCCCUGAAUGGUCUAAUGUAAGCACAGAGGCAAAGAAUCUCAUCAAGGGUAUGUUGUGUACAGAUCCAGCUCAAAGACUUCAAAUCGACGAAGUUAUGCGCAACAAAUGGAUUGCUCAAUACACGGAAGUACCCCCCACGCCUUUACAUACUGGUCGCGUACUCCGAGAAGGCGAAGAACUUUGGCCAGAAGUUCAAGAAGAAAUGACACGGUCAUUAGCUACCAUGCGCGUAGACUACGAUACGGCCAAUUUGAAACAAUUAGAUCACACAAAUAACGCGUUAUUAAACAAACGUAGACGAGCGAAACAAAAGAACGCUGUACCACCGACUGCUAAUCCUACGCCAGCAUCCUAGGGAGACGCAAUAAGAGCCAGUCAACACUGGCGUGUCUUUUUACGAAGAUGUAUAAGGUAUAGUGUAAUGACCAUGAGAAUUGUUUUUUGACAGUUACAUAAUGUAAAAUAUAAAAAGUUCAUGCAGAAUAGUCUUGAAAAAAUUCUGCCUACGUCGAGAUAUUAGGCGCAUGAAAUUGUAUUUGACCAUGCAAUUAUGACAAUUUACGACAGCUUAAAUAUUUUUAAAAUGCUAUCGAUCGUAAUUGCCAAAUUUGAAUGACAGGAGCACAGUUGACGUAAUAAGCAAAGGAUAUUUUACCAGUUAUGGUGCAUUUUUCGCAACUUAAAAGAUUUAAUAAUACAGAAAGAAGUACCAGAAUUAAAAAUCAAUUUGAUACGACUAAAUAAUGUAUAUUACAAUUUAUAUUUAUUGAUGAAACGUUGAUAAGAAAAACGUCUUGUCAUCAGUAACUGCAUAUAUAAUAAAUUCAUAUUGAAAAGAAAUAUAAAAAAUAUUUUUCAAUUUUAAAUGGAAUGUUGGACUUCAUAAUGAAGGUCUGUUAUCUAAUAUAAAAGAAUACGCCACCUAAUUAGCAGCUUCUCAUUGAUUUACUUAAAAUUUAAGUCUUAAAUCAUAAAUUAUAAUGCUUGGCAAUUUUUAUGUGUAUAGUGGUAUUUCCUAUAUUAUCUUUAAAUUAUUAAACUACUAUUAUUUAUCGUGAUUGACGUAUAAGACAAAAAUACAUCAUGCCAAUUUUUAUUAGUAUGUUUUUUCAGUUGUUAUCUGUGUACAGUUACAAUUCAUUCAAACUAUGAAAAUAACGUUUAAUUAAAAUAUAAUGCAAACAUGUGUAAUGUACUUUUAAGUGAUAUUUUGACUGAGGCUGAAUACGUGUAAGAAUCCUUAUAAUUGUUGCAAGGUGCUAACAUACGUUGCUCUAAUUAUUUCGUAGGCAUUAAAACAGUACUACAAUUUCCUAAUUUUUUAAAUAAAUAAAAUUUAUAGUAAAAGAUGGAACUUAGGAAUAAAGAUGUACACAUUACAAUAUAAAUGUAGUAAUUAUAUUUUUUUAGAUGUAUUAUAAAAUAAAAAUUGAAAUUUAGACUAAAGAAAUGCCUUAACCAACAUCAGAUCAAUUUUUAGCUUAAUGUUUAAAUAGCAUAAUUAAACAUUUCAGUUAGGUACAGAUCCACUAAAGUGUAAGGUGAGAGGUGAUGAAAUCUCAUGAAUGUAUCAUUGUUUCUGCUGAGGCAACGUUUAUGUUAUGAAUGUAAAUAUUAUAUGUAUGAAAUAUUUUUAAUAAGAUACUUGUAGUUGAA